AUGAAUUCCCCCGAGAUUGGCAAUUUCCAACCAAACGUCGUUUGGGGGGACUUCAACUUCAAGCCCAGAGAGCAUGCGUAUCACCGGCCUACCGCCUCCACCACCCUCCAGACCUAUAAGCUGACGGACUACGGUAUCUGUGGUGACUACAUCUUUGAACUCAAUCACCAGAUACUUCCAACGAAACAAAUGCAUCGGCCCCAACAAAUGCCAACAAUGCCGCCUGUAGAAAUACGGCCUCCGGUCAGUCAAAAAUAUCAAGAUCAAAUGAGAUAA